AUGAUGAACUUCAGUAUUGUUAGUGAGUUUAUGAUUCUGGGACUUACUCAAAAGUCUGAACUUCAGGGAAUACUUUUCAUUGUUUUCCUUUUUAUCUACCUUGUGGCACUUCUUGGUAACAUGCUAAUUGUUGUUGCCAUAAUCUAUAACACCACCUUGCACACACCCAUGUAUAUCCUCCUUCUGGCUCUGGCUGUUGUGGACAUAAUCUGUACUACAAGCAUCAUCCCCAAAAUGUUGGGAACAAUGUUAACGUCGCAAAAUUCAAUUUCCUAUGGGGGCUGCAUGUCCCAGCUCUUCUUUUUUACAUGGUCUUUGGGGGCUGAGAUGGUGCUCUUCACUACCAUGGCCUAUGACCGCUAUGUGGCCAUUUGCUUCCCGCUUCGAUAUAGUACUAUUAUGAACCACUAUACAUGUGUAGCCUUGCUUAGCAUUGUCAUGGCUAUUGCAGUAACCAAUUCCUGGGUGCACACUGGUCUCAUUCUGAGGCUGACUUUCUGUGGGCCAAAUACCAUUGAUCACUUCUUCUGUGAAAUACCCCCACUGCUUGCUUUGUCCUGUAGUCCUGUAAGAGUCAAUGAGGUGAUGGUGUAUGUUGCUGAUAUCACCCUGGCUGUGGGAGACUUCACUCUAACCUGCAUCUCCUAUGGAUUUAUUAUUGCUGCUAUUCUACGAAUCCGCACAACAGAAGGCAAGAAGAAGGCCUUCUCUACAUGCUCAUCGCACCUCAUGGUGGUGUCCCUUUACUAUUCUCCUGUAAUCUACACCUAUAUCCGACCUGCAUCCAGCUAUACUUUUGAGAAAGACAAGGUGGUAGCUGCACUAUAUACUCUGGUAACUCCUACGUUGAACCCAAUAGUAUACAGCUUCCGGAACAAGGAGAUGCAAUCAGGAAUUAGGAAAGUAUUUGCAUUUUUAAAAGGUUAA